AAGGCAGGGGAGCUUCAGUGUUGCGUCAGCAGUUGAAGGGAGUAGAGUGACGGUGGUAGUAGUGUUUAUAAUGUCAGAUUUGGCGUCCCCGAAGUCGCCAGGGUCUGGAGAGUUUCCCCAUGAUUUUGACUAUGAUGACGACAACGAUGCAGAUUUCGAGGACUCCAGAGACUAUGAUGAAAGAGAGAGCGAUGACGAUACUGACUUAGGAAGUGAGGGAGAAACAAGAGGAAAAGAAGAGUAUGCUGGUAUUAAGGAACAAAUGUAUCAAGAUAAGCUUGCCCAACUUAAGAAACAACUACAACAACUGCGUGACAGCAGUCAUCCAGAGUACAACAAAAAGCUUAAAAAAAUUGAUGCAGCUUAUAAAGAAAGAUUACGAAUUAAUGAUUUAUGGCGUGAAAUAGAGACGGAUUGGGUGGAACGUGAUUAUUUGGCUGAGAAAAGAUUAGCUGCCAGAGAGUUUGAAGAAAAAAAGAAAGAACUGAAAGAAAACCUAUUGAUAGAACUUGAGGAAAAAAAAAAAAUUAUUGAGCAAGAGAGGUAUACUCUUGAGUUAACUGGGGACUCUAUGGAGUAUAAACCAGUCUCAACUCGAAAAUUGCGUCGCCGUGGAAAUGAACCUGCACCAAUUAUAGAGAAACGUCGUAAGCCUGUAUCAACAACCUUGCAGCUUCUUCUUGAUGAAAGAGAGAUGGAUGAUGAUUUAAAACUUAUUAACAAGAGCAAAUUAUUACACAUGAAAAAAAAUACAACCUCAGUUACACCAGCAGAUCCUAUUGGCAAUGAACCAAAAAUUGAAAAUGGGAAGUUGUAUUUUGACAAAAAAUGGUUCCAUAAAGGGCAGGCAGUUAUGAUUGAAUGUAAAGAUGGAACACGAUUUAAUGCUAUCCUUACAGUAGCAGGUGCUGAUAUGAUUAUGGUAAGAAAAGUUCCAGAUAAUAUCCGCUUGAAAAUAACCCUCGCUCAGCUGGCACAUGGAAAAUAUCUCGUCCGCCGGCGAAGUUCAGCGUGACCAGUCGAGAAAACCUUUUUCAAUUUUAAUAGACCUUUGAUCGAACUCUAUCCUCCAUUGUAUAAUGAGAGUGCAUGAGUUCUUUUCCCUACAUCAAAAGAAUAGUGUUUCAUGAUUAUGUAUAUUAUUCAGCUUCUCCUGAAAUUGUUCAUUUUGACAGUAAGGUGAUUGACUUCUGUAAGUAAUUUAUAUAUUUUUAUACUAAACUAAACACUUCCUGGACAA